AUGUACUUCUCUCUUGUCCUCGUCUGGGACGAAGGGCGUCAACUCUUCGUCGCGCCGUCGCCCACACCAUGGGACGGCGAUUACGAAGUCGUCCACAUGGACGAGGCGCCGACCGCGGCGCUGCAGCACGAGCCGAGGGACCAGGCAGUGCUGUUCAUGCCGGAGAUGAUGGUCCUCAUCAUCGCCGCGCUGAUCUCCCAGGGUACCCUGGACCGCGAGCUGUUGUUUUAG